GUUACAUUUCAGAUGUAACAUCCUGCCCCAUUUUGUGGUGACUGUUACUUUGGUCAAGACACCCCAAGUGGAAUUAAACUCAGGAUCUGAGAAACAGAGUCACAGUGAGAGGAUGGGAAAUAAUUUCAUGAGAGAAAUCAGUUGCUUGAAAGACAAUCAAAAGGAGCUUGGGAAGGUAAGCCCAGACGUGAAAAGAAAACGGCAGGAAGUGACUACAUUUGAGAUAGAAAAUCAAGGUCAAGAUAAGAAAAGUAAAGAUGUUCCAUUCACUUCUAAUCAGGAAAAUGAGAAUGUCAGUGGUUGUGAAGAAGUAUGCUACACUGUCAUUAAUCAUAGGCCCUAUCGGAGACCCUCCCUGAACUCCAGUGAUGAUGGUUAUGAGAACAUCACAAAGACAGUGAGACCAUUAAGAGAAGGGCCAGAAACAGAAUAUGCCCUGCUCAAGAAACCUUGCACUAUCAGGUCUUCUUCCUGUACAGCUGAGAAUGAUUACGAAAUUGUGCUUCCUCACUAGAAUACUCCUGCCUCAUCAUCUUCCAGUAAUAAAGAUGACCAAAUGGUGACCUCCAGGGGAGUCUUUCUCUUUCAGCAGUACAUGCAACUUUUAUUUCUGGCAAGAUUUUAGAAAUGAUAUUCUUUCACUGUACCACAUUAAGAAACUGAAACAUCUCGUCAAUGUGGUUUGGGUAAAGCCACAUAAGUUGAUAUAAUGAUAUAGAAUAUUUGACCUCUUUUUGUUUGUAAGGUUUAAGGAUGUGGAAAUUGUAGGGGGGAUCCUCCUUAGAACAAUAAACAUCUAUACAUAUGUGAC